GAAACCAGUCUAAUCAUGCCUGCUGAAGUCGCCAAACCCGCCCCCAAGAAGGGCUCCAAGAAAGCGGUCUCCAAGACCGCAGUUAAGGGCGGAAAGAAGCGCCGCAAGACCAGGAAGGAAAGUUAUGCAAUCUACGUCUACAAGGUGCUGAAGCAGGUCCACCCAGACACUGGCAUCUCAUCCAAGGCGAUGGGAAUCAUGAACUCCUUCGUCAACGACAUCUUCGAGCGCAUAGCCGGUGAGGCCUCUCGCCUUGCUCACUACAACAAGCGCUCCACAAUCACCUCCAGGGAAAUCCAGACCGCUGUACGUCUGCUGCUCCCCGGUGAGCUGGCAAAGCACGCCGUGUCUGAGGGCACAAAGGCUGUGACAAAGUACACCAGCUCCAAGUAAACUCUUGAUGAAUGUAACCCAAACGGUCCUUUUAAGGACCACCCAAUUCAGCUUAAAAGAGCCUUCCUUCACUCUACAAUGAUCAAUUAUGAUAUGCAUUGGAAAUCUUAAUGCGGGCUAAACUAUAAAAACUGAUUCAAAUAAAGUAUUUUUGA